AUGACGCCGGCACCAACCACUGGGAGAGACGGCAUUGCCGUGAUUGGCAUGUCCUGUCGAUUCCCCAGUGACGCAGACACGCCAGAGCACUUCUGGCGCUUCAUCAGCCAGGGACGAAUUGACAGCACGCCACCAGAUGCCUACUCGGAGAACUCCCAGCGCUGGAACCCGGACGCGUUCCAUUAUCCCUAUCCUCAGAAGAAAAUCAACACCAGUUUACCGCGUGGAGGCCACUUCUUAAAAGCCGACGUGGCUGCCUUUGACGCCAACUUCUUCAACAUCUCCCAGGUCGAGGCCGAGUCUAUCGACCCGCAGCAGCGCCUGAUCAUGGAGGUAACCUACGAGGCCUUGGAGAACGGUGGCAUCCCUAUUCACCAGCUUGCCGGUUCACGCACCGGCGUCUUCAUGGCCAGCUUCACGAGCGACUACCGAGAGAUGCUCUGUCGCGACCCCGAGACAGCGCCCCGGUAUACAGCGACGGGCACCAGCAGCACGGCCACCUCGAACCGCGUCUCCUGGUUCUACGACCUGCGGGGGCCCAGCUUUACCGUCAACACCGCCUGCUCUUCCGGCCUGGUCGCCACACAUCUCGCCUGCCAGAGCCUGUGGACGGGCGAGUCCGAGACGGCCAUCGUGGGCGGAACCAGUCUGCUCCUCAACCCAGACAUGUUCCUGUUCUUCUCCAACCAGCAGUUCCUGGCGGGCGACGGCCAGUCCAAGAGUUUUGCUGAGAACGGGGAUGGCUACGGCCGCGGUGAUGGCAUCGGCGUCGUCAUCCUGAAACGCGUCGAGGAUGCCCUCCGCGAUGGCGAUCCCAUCCGCGCUGUCAUCCGUGGCACUGCGGUUAACCAGGACGGCCAUACCAAGGGCUUCACCCUGCCCAGUGCCGACGCCCAGGUGCAAUUGAUCGAGGACGCCUACCGGGGUGCCGGUCUGUCGCUGGCCGAGACCCGUUAUGUGGAAGCCCAUGGGACAGGCACGCGCGCAGGCGACUCUCAGGAGGCAGAAGCCCUGUCGCGGACAUUCUGCCAAUACAGGUCGGCCUCUGAUCCGCUCCUCGUGGGGUCUGUCAAGGCCAAUAUCGGCCACUUGGAAGCGUGCGCGGGCCUGGCCUCGCUCAUCAAAUGUGUCUUCGUCCUCGAGACGGGUUGGAUCCCGCCCACGCCAAGUUCCAAGACCAGGAAUCCAGCAAUCCCGUCGGAGGUGCAUGUCCCAACAACCUUGAUGCCAUGGCCGACCAAAGGCCUGCGGCGAGUGAGCACCCAAGGCUUUGGCUAUGGCGGUACCAACGCCCAUAUCAUCAUCGACGAUGCCUAUCACUACCUACACGCCCGCGGCCGGAUGGGCCAUCACUAUAGCCACGUUUCUCCUCGUACUCUCACAGCCAAGUCGAACGGCGGAUCGUCUAUCAACGGCGGGUCACAGCAGUGGCUGUUCCGGCUGCAGGCCCAGGACAAGGAGGGCUUGAAGCGGGUCCGCGCAGCACUGUCGCAGCAUCUCGCGGGCAUACAACUUGACCAGGAAGAGAAUCGUUAUCUCCAGGAUCUGGCGUACACGUUGAACAGCCGACGCUCCCGACUGCAGUGGCAGACCUUUGCCGUGGCCGGCAGUCUUGUUGAGCUCUCACAGACGCUCGAUGCCGAGCCAUGGGCCAACCCGGAGCAGCGCCAGACGACGGCCCAAACACCACGUCUCGGGUUCGUCUUCACCGGCCAAGGCGCCCAGUGGGCCCGCAUGGGCGUUGAGCUGAUGACAUACGAGGUGUUCCGGCAUAGUGUUGAGCAGUCAGACCGCUACCUUCGCCAGGAACUCGGCUGCCCAUGGUCAGCUGUGGAAGAACUGGCCAAACCAGAGCCCAUGUCACACCUCCACCUUGCCUCUCACAGCCAGGCGCUGUGUUCCGUUCUGCAGAUCGCUCUCGUCGACUUGCUCAGCGACUGGCAGAUCGCCCCGUCCGCUGUGACGGGCCAUUCCAGCGGCGAGAUUGCCGCCGCCUAUUCGCCUGGGCGCCUUGACCAAGACCGAUGCCCUCAAAGUGGCCUACUACCGUGGCUUGCUGGCGGCGCCAUGAUGGCCAUUGGGGCAACGCCCGACCAGGUGACGAAAUGGAUCGACAAACUCACCCGGGGCGAGGUAGUGAUUGCUUGCAUCAAUUCCCCGACCAGCGUGACGGCAUCCGGCGACGCUGCUGCCAUUGAUGAGCUUGCCGCUAUCGUGAAAGAAGCCGGUGUCUGGGGUCGCCAGCUGAAGGUCGAUACCGCAUAUCACUCGCCGCACAUGCAGAUGAUCGCCGCCCCGUAUUUUGAACUCCUCGCUGACACCGAGCCCCGAUCUGCGCACCAGGGCCGGUCCAUGCACUCCAGUGUGUUUGGCGGGCAGAUCGAUCCUGCUGAGCUCGGGGCCGUCCACUGGGUGCGGAACCUCGUCUCGCCCGUGCUGUUUGCUGACGCCGUCUCCGAUAUGCUGAAGCAUGUCGAUCUGCUGGUCGAGGUUGGUCCGCACUCCGCCCUUCAGGGACCCGUCCGCCAGACAAUGCAGGCACACGGCGUCUCCGGUGUCGACUAUGUCAGCGUGCUAUCGCGCGGCCAGAGCGCAACCCGCACCGCGCUGGUAUGUGCCGGUUAUCUCCUCCUGGCAGGCGUCCCAGUGGACCUCCGGCUGGUGAAUCGCGAGAACAGUCCGCCCCGGCCGGUCGUUGAUCUGCCUGCAUAUCCGUGGAACCACUCCGCCCGUUUCUGGGCGGAGUCCCGCCUCGCGAAGGAAUAUCGUCUGCGCCAGCAUCCCCGGCUCCCCUUGCUUGGAGCUCCCUGCCCGUCGAUGGGGGAGAGGGAGCGGCACUGGCGCGGCAUGGUGCGCCUGUCAGAGGAGCCCUGGAUCCGAGACCAUGUCAUCCAGGACUCGAUCCUGUACCCCGGCGCCGGAUUCCUGACCAUGGCCAUCGAAGCCGCCGCCCAAGAAUCCGCCCCGGGCCGGACGAUCAGCACGUUUCGCCUGCGGGAUGUGCGGCUCGAUACGGCCCUGCUGGUGACCGACGACGAGGUGGAAGUCAUCCUGCAGCUGCGGCCGCACUUGAUCGCCACGCGGGGCCCCGCCGCUGCCUGGAUGGAGUUCACAGUGAGUUCGUCGGCGGACAAAGGCCCGCUGCGCCAGAACUGCUCCGGUCUGAUAAUGGUCGAAUACGACGACACCCCGACGAUGAGCCGCGAACGGGCGCUGGAGUCGGCCGCCAUCCGGUCUCGUUUCCAGCAGAGCGACCAACGGUGCCGCACCUCCGCGGACGUAGCCCAGUUCUACUCGCGCCUCAGGGCCAUGGGCCUGACGUACGGGCCCAGCUUCGCCAACCUGGUCGAGGUCCGUUCGCGGGCGAUGGGAGAGUGUGUGGGCACGAUUCGCAUCCCGCAGGUGGAAAGCAUGGUACCGACGGCAUAUCGCGAUCAUCCGCAUACCAUUCAUCCAGCAACUUUGGAUAGCAUUUUCCAUCUUGCUUUGGCGGCAGCCAUCGAGGGACGAUCGACCCCCCUGCCAGCAGCCAUGGUGCCUAUCGCAAUCGCCGAGGUGGUCGUGUCCGCCGACGUGCCGAAUCGCCCCGGGACCCUGUUAAAGGGCGUCGCGCAGUCGUCUCCGCAUGGUUUCCGGGAGAUGAUCUCGGACAUUGAUGUUGUGGAUGAGAAAGCAACCUCUGCAGUCGUCCAGAUCAAGGGCUUCCGCUGUUCCGAGAUCUCAGGAGCUCAGAAGAUCUCUGACCAUGCGGGAGAAGUAGGCCGGCCGAUCUGUUUCCGUCUCGUGUGGAAGCCCGCCAUCGACCUAUUGUCCCGGGAAGAGCUGCAGGCAGUUAUUCGCGAUGCUGCCACCUCUGCCGGGCAUGGAUCGUCUUCCCUGGAUGAAUCACGGGCUGUUGUUCACUUCGUCCAGGAUGCAAUGCAGCAGGUCUCCGAAGAUCAAGUUGCUGCUCCCCAGGCCAGCUUUUACCGCUGGUUAAAGGAGCAGUCAGCCAUGUUGACAAACAGUACAGACCCGGUCACGGAGGAGGAGAAGAUGGCAGACGGGUUCUCUGAGAUUAUUGGCAAAGACCUCGCGGGCAUUCUCCAGGGGACGAUCACGGCUACGCAGCUGCUGGAGAAGGUGGAUCAAAUCUACCGGUUACUUGUGAGCACAGCAGGAUUUUCCGAGAUCACUCGGAUAUUGGAUGAGUACCUGACAUUGCGACACCACACCGAGCCUGGCCUGUCCAUUCUCGAAGUUGGUCUGACAACGGCAACACCGCUGUCGCUAGUCGCGAGGCUCCCCAGCUGCGGCCAGAUUCUCCAGACGGCCUCCUACACGUUUUCCGUCCCGUCUGAGAAGGCUGUACCUAGUGUCGAGCAGCAGUUUGGCUCCCUGCGGGAGGCAGUGGCCAUCCAGGUAGAGGAUCUCGAACUUCGCUCGCAGGCCCUGGAUGCCACAUACGAUAUCAUCAUUCUCUUUGAUCCGGGGUACGCGUCGAUCUCGCCUAAGGAUGUUCUCCACACAAUGAGAAAUCUGUUGAAGGACGGCGGGAAGAUCGUUCUGGUCGAGAUAAGCAGGCCUCAGCUGCGUCUAGGCACAAUCUUGGGCAGCUUGCAGUGGACAAGGACGUUGGAGACUGACCAGAGCGCUUGGGAGACUUGCUUCCCUCAAGCUGGACUGACGCCAGAACUCACAUUUACUGAGACACAGUCCCGUCUGGUGGUUAGUAGCGUGUCCCAGAAGGAGGAGAAGGGGGCAAAGGACGACGAGGAGAUCACACUGGUGGAAGCACCGAACCCGUCUCCCGCAGCACAACGCCUAGCUACAGAGUUGGUCCAGCAGCUGGCCCUGCGGUCCAUCCGCACCCGUCGCUUCACCUGGAGCUUGGAUGAUGUGACGGCGUUGAAGGCCCAAUCUUGCCUCGUCCUGACUGAUCUGGAGGCAGCCCUCUUCAAGAACCCCAGCCGCGAGGAUUUUGCGUCGGCCCAAUCGAUGAUCCUUCAGGCAGACCGUCUGCUUUGGGUCAGCGGUCCCUGCCUGGGCCCGGAUUCCGCCCUGGUGACGGGCCUGGCGCGCUGUCUGCGUAACGAGGUCCCUGGGAUCCGGUUCCGUACGCUGCAAGUGUUGGGCACGCCGCUCACGGAGGCACAGGCCUUUGCCAAUCUGGUGCUCCGCGUCUGGCAGUCCGCUGGCCCGGACGACGAAUUCCUGGCUGACUCGGGCCUCCUUCAGGUCAGCCGUCUCGUAGAGGAUGAGUCCCGCAACGACGAACUGGCUGUGUCGCUCGGUCAAAAAGAGAGGGCUGUGGUUCCCACCCCGCUGGAAGAAUCACCCCAGGCGCUGCAACUGAGUGUCCGCCAACCGGGCAUCCUGGACUCGCUCUGCUUUGAACCGGAUGACCUGCUCGAGACGCCACUCGCGGACGAGGAGAUUGAAGUGGAGUUAAAGGCAACUGGGAUCCCAGACAGCACCUUCGGUUUGGAGGGUGCUGGUCUGGUUCGUCGCGUUGGUUCCAUGGCCUCCGCCCAGUACCGGCCUGGCGACCGAGUCAUGUUUGCUGCCCAGGGGGCUCAUCGCACUAUCUUCCGGGUCCCCGUCUACUGCGCUGUGCCCAUGCCCGAGACGAUGUCAUUCGAGCAGGCGGCCUCCCUGCCGCUGGUGUGCAUGACCGCCUGGUACGGGCUGGUGAAAACCGCUCGCGCUACGGCUGGCCAGUCGGUCUUGAUCCAUGCCGCCGCCGGCGGGGUAGGCCAAGCGAGCAUCAUGCUGGCCCAGCAUCUAGGCCUCGAGAUCUUUGUCACAGUUGGCUCAGAGGACAAGCGGCAGCUGGUGCGCGAGGUCUAUAACAUCCCCGACGAUCACAUCUUCCAUUCCCGGGACCUCAGCUUCGUUAAGGGCGUCCAGCGCAUGACGGGUGGCAGGGGCGUGGAUAUCAUCCUCAACUCCCUGUCCGGCGAGAUUCUCCGGCAGACGUGGUACUGCAUUGCCCCCUUUGGGACCUUCGUCGAGGUCGGGAUGAAGGACAUCCUGGACAACUCGCGUUUGGAUAUGCGGCCCUUCCUGCAGGAUGCCACCUUUGCUUUCUUCAACCUGGUCCAUAUCCAGAAGCAGCGCCCGGAUCUGCUGAAGGAGGCCCUGUCCGAGACGCUGGCCCUCGUCCAUGCGGGUGUGAUGAAGCCCAUGGUACCGCUUUCCGUGUUCCCGGCCUCGCAGGUCCAAGACGCCUUGCGCCGCAUGCAAACAGGCCAGCACCGCGGUAAAUUGGUAUUGUCCUACCGCACGGGCGAUAUGCUUCCUGUAUUAGGUGCUCCAAGGGGAGUCCGCUUGGCCAGCGACGGAACCUACCUUCUCGUAGGGGGACUGGGAGGUCUGGGCCGCAGCCUGGCGCGCUUAUUUGUUCGCCUUGGGGCUCAUAAUCUCUGCUUCUUGUCCCGAUCUGGGGCCACGGGAGCGGAAGCGCAGGCGCUGCUACGGGAACUCGAGGAGCAGCAGCCCGGCGUGCGCACCCUCGUCUGUGUGGGGGACGUUUCCGAUGCGGAUUCGGUGGCCGCUGCCAUGCAGAAAUGCACCGACGCCUUGGGUCCAGUCCGCGGCGUUGUACAGUGUGCGAUGGUCCUGCGCGACGCGCUAUUUGCAAAGAUGAGUCAUGACCAGUGGAUUGAGUCCACCCGCCCCAAGGUGCACGGCACUUGGAACCUGCACCAACAUCUUCCCGAUGUCGACUUCUUCCUCGUACUUAGCUCGUUUGCAGGCGUUUUUGGCAACCGCGGCCAGAGCAACUAUGCCGCUGCUGGCGCUUACCAGGAUGCCCUGGCUCACUACCGCCGCGGCACCUGCGGCCAGAAGGCCAUCACGUUGGACCUUGGUAUUAUGCGUGACGUGGGCAUACUUGCCGAGAAGGGCAUAACCGACUCUCUGCGCGAGUGGGAGCAGGCGUUCGGCAUCCGCGAGGCCGAAUUCCAUGCCUUGGUGGAAUCCGUAAUCGCGGACCAGCAGGAGCAGCAGUCCGCGGCGGGGGCGGAGCUGUCUCCGCCGCCGGCGGUGCAGAUCCCCACGGGCUUGGCGACGGCCCGCUCCGCCAUGGACGCCGGCAUAAACAACCCCUUCUACUUCGACGACGCCCGCUUUUCGAUUCUAGCCCGGACUGGCACGAGCCAGCAGCACCACCACCAGCACGGAGCCAACGGUCAGUCGUCGUUGUCUGUCCAAACCCAGCUGGCGCAGGCCCAGUCUCUGGACGAGGCAGCCCAGGUCGUGCAGAGCACGCUGCUCGCGCGCGUGGCCAAAUCGCUGCAGAGCAACGUGUCCGACAUCGACCCGGGACGUCCGCUGCACUCGUUUGGGGUCGACUCGCUCGUGGCAGUUGAGGUGGCCAACUGGGUGUUCAAGGAGCUCCAUGCGACGCUGACGGUGUUUGAGGUCCUCGCCAGCGUGCCCAUCACCGCGCUCGCAGAGCAGAUCGCAUCAAGGUCGAGUUUAGUGCCGAAAUUUCAGAAGUAA